AUGAAGGAAGGAGCCGUGAAUAUUCUAGGUAGGCAGUAGCAUGGCGACUGCGUCCUAUAUGUACUACAGCCACUUGUGCAUGGGCCAUUCGUAUCUGUUUUUGUCUCUGAUGAUGUGUUCCAGCAGGAAUACUAAACGUCAGGCUAAUAAAGCUCUUGUCCCAGCGGUCGUGUCUCUGUCUAUAAGUCAGCCUGAUGUAUUGCGUUUGGCGAAUUUUAUAUGCCGUAAAAGCUUAAUUGAAAAUACAGUCUAAGUGUGAAAAAUACGAUGCUCUUUAGUUGGAUCUUGUAACUUAGUUGGCAAAUAGUCAGUUUUGUGGAAGCCUCCCCCCAUUGCCGUGGAAAUCUGAAGCUCGCCUAAGUUUCCAUAACUUGCUUAAUCAGAUUUUCCCCAAACGUCUCAAAUGAAAAUGGUUUUGGUUGUCAACUAGUGGAUUCUAAAGUUUUAAAGAAGGCGAAAGCACGAUCACUGGGACAGUAGGUUUAUUUGCCUGAGCUUUCGAACUCGAACUAGAGUUAAUCGUCAGAGGCUACUCGAGUGUCUCACUUUUCACGUCCAUCCCACCAGACUUGGCGCGCGACGUGCUACGCAAACGUCUCGAAGAAAAGUACAACGAAACGACAGGGCCGCUAAAGAUCCAGCACCUAAUGCAGCUCUUUGCAUUCUGCCAACGGACCUUUUUCACCUUCGAUGGCAGAACAUACGAACAAAUCAAAGGAACACCCAUGGGUUCCCCAAUAUCCAGCCUAGUUGCGAAAUUGGUCCUACAAGAGCUGGAAAAGGUUGCUUUCAGCCAUUACAAACCUGCGUUUUGGUGCCGAUACGUGGACGAUACAUUCGUCAUUAUUGAAAAGGACAAGCUCUCGGGUUUCCAAGACCUACUUAACAGCAUAUUCCCCGACAUUCAGUUUACAAGAGAAGACGAGGAGGACGAGAAACUACCCUUCCUGGACGUGCUCGUCACGCGCACACCUGACGGUGAACUGAACUACAGUGUACAGAAAGGCGAACAAUACAACCCAGGUCCUCAACUAUCAUAG